AUGUCCCCGCCCAGGAAGGUCGCGGCUAAGAGUAAGCCCUCAUCGCCGUCAUCGAAAGCGCAGCGGAAGGAGGUGGAAGUAGAGGAGGAAGGGGAAACGGUGGAGAUACUAUCAUCAACCGAGCCAAGCAAAGAUGUCGAAAUGACUCCAGUGGAGUUGGUGGGGGAAGGGGAUGAGCCCAAGGUGGAGUUGGUAGCAGAGGAAGAAGAGGAGCCGCAAGAAGAGGUGCCGGCUGAAAUAAAAAAUUUUGAGGAAGAUUCUCGUCCAAGAAUUGGAGAAAUUGGAAAAUUUGGAAAUUUUGAUGCGACAGUUGAUACUUAUUUUGGUCGAGGUGGAUUGAUCGGAUCUAAUUCGACUGAGGGCUUCCAAUAUUUGCUGAGCGGAGCGCGCAGUAGUAUUGGAGUAAAAGGAGGACGUGGAGGAGGUGGAGGAGUAUUCGCAUUUGAGAUGAAAAUUGUGGAAAUAUUGACGCCGAUGGACGCAGCGUGCAACAAGCAGGCGUAUCUUCCACAGAACAAGUAA